CACUCCAAAAAUGGCGCCCCUUCAUCUCGCCGCCUCCGGGUCGGAACUUCCGGAUCGCGACUAGCUUCGAUCCUGGCAUCCGACAUGAGGAACUUCUAUCGAUGACAUCACCGCCCUGCGCCUGUGGGGAAUGACGCUCAAGUAUCGACCUGCUCCUACUGCUUCCUCACCUUUCCCUCUCUCUUACCGCCACCACCCUCUCCCUUUCCCAUACGAAUCCAACGACAAUGUCGGACUCACUAUCGCGGUCUGCGUCGGGCAAGUUCUCUGGCUUGUCCCGCAACACCACCUUGGUUAGACGGAAUGUCAAUCCGCAAGAGACGCAGCCCUCGGACGUGCUCGUCGAGCGGUUCACGGCGUGGAAGCAUGCCAUAAAGCAGCUCACUGCGUACUUUGAGGGCAUAGCCGAGGCAGAGCACGACAAUGCGAAGGAGCUCGCCAAGUUGAGCGCCGUUAUACAACUGCCUUUCAAGCCGGGCAACCAGUUUAGUGAGGAGGGAGGAAUCCAGGACAUCUACGCUAGCAUACGCGACAAGACGCGCGUGAUCGCCGACCACAACACCAGCCUAGCGAAGAACAUUGAGGCGACGAUCGUCCAAGACCUCCAGCGUACGCACGGCGACAUCAAGUCGCAUAUCAAGAAUAUCCAAAGCAACGCAGGCAAGCUCGCCACGGCUGUCGCAAAGGAGCGCGAACUUUCCACGAAGAUCAUGGCUGAGCUGGGUAGCAGCGUCACGAACAUGCAGCAGAUGCCCAUGAAUGUUACCCCCAAGAACGACCCGUACGUUGUGAACCAGACCGUUCGGAAGCAAAUGCGCAAGCAGAUCGAGAGCGAGAACAUGCUGCACAACGCGAUCCUCGCUGCGCAGGCCCAGUCGGCUGACUUCGAGGGUGGCAUCGUGCGGGGCAUCAACUCAGCGUGGUCGCGCUACGCGCAGCUGCAUGCUCAGAUGGUCGGCGCGGUGCAACAAGUGCAGACGGCGCUCGCCGCGCAGCUCGGCGGACUCGCACCGAGUGCAGAGUGGGAAGCCUUCAAGCGGCGCGCGGAGGGCCACCUCGAUCCCAAGACGCCGCUGCGCGAUCCGACGAAGUUGAGCUACCCGCUGCAGGAUGACAAGGUGGUGCAGCCCGUCCGCGUUGGCGUCCUCGAGCGCAAGAAGCGCUACACGCGGCGCUACUCCGAGUCGCUCUACGUGCUUACCCCCGCGGGCUUCCUGCACGAGUACGACACGACGGACCCGGGUCUCAUCGAGGACAAGGCACCCAUCUUCUCGCUCUUCCUCCCCGCGUGCACGCUGGGGCCGCCGUCGGAUGCCACGUCGAAGUCGUUCAAGUUCAACGUUGAGGGGAGGAAGGACAGCAACGGGACGCUCGCGGGUUCGCUGCACAUCAAACGCAGCACGUACGCGUGGACGUUCAAGGCGCGGACGCGCGCGGAUAUGGAGGCGUGGUGGGAGGAUAUGCGUGCGUGUGCGGCAAGGGCGCUUGAGGUGGAGGAGGGCACAGACCACACGGGACCGGUGGUUGCGGCGGUGCGCGGUGCUGGAUAUCAGAGCAGCGAAAGCGAUGAGGAGAUGUAUGUGAGCGCGGACGAGGCGGGUGCGUUGAGCGACGGGCACGAGACGACCUCAACAAAGCCGCCAAGCUACACGGAGAAGGGCGAGCGCGUCGUUGGCGCUGAUGCGAAGGCUUUGAAGGAUCAUCAGGCUGCUGAGGUCGCACAUCAAGAUGGGAUUGCACACCACGAGGAGGCCACACGCCACGAUCGCUCGUCGAGCGAGGCGGUGGGCCCGGAUACCACGUCGGAGGGCGGCGUAUCGCGGAAGGUGAGCCAGCGUCGGGCGGAGAAGGCACCCGAGGGCCAGGAGCCACAUGUGCAAUUCCAAGAGCCUGCUCACAUUGAGCGCAGCGAGAGUAAAUUUAAGGAGAUCCUGUAAUUGGGGGACAUCCGAGGAGUAUGUCGGAGAAAGCUAGUUCUCAUUUUUC